AUGUCUGAUAACAAGAACUCUUUUCAUCCGGCUCUUGCGGUGUCUAACAUCCGCAACCACAUCUCCAUCACUCUUGAAAUGGAGAAUGUUCAGUAUUCGACAUGGGCAGAACUCUUUAAAAUUACUGCACGAUCUCAUAAGGUUCUUCAUCAUAUCAUUCCUCCUACCAACAUGAAGGCCCCAACUACUGCAGAAGAAAAGGAACUAUGGUCGACCCUUGAUGCAGCGAUUCUUUCAUGGAUAUAUGCUACGAUCUCUAAUGAUCUAUUGCGCACCAUCAUCGAACCUGAUGCUACGGCCAUGGAAGCUUGGAAUAGGCUACAUGAAAUUUUCCAAGACAACAAGAACUCCCGUGUGGUAACUCUAGAAGCCGAGUUCUCCAACACUAGAAUGGAGAAUUUUCCUAAUGUUUCGGCUUAUUGCCAACGACUCAAGUCAAUUGCCGAUCAAUUGAAGAAUGUUGGUGCACCGGUGUCGGAAAGUUGUCUAGUUAUUCAAUUGGUUUCGGGACUAACCAGAGCAUAUAGGGGUGUCGGCACUUUGAUCCGACAAAGUGAUCCAUUGCCUCUCUUCUAUCAGGCCAGAUCUAUGCUAACUCUUGAAGAGGCUGGUUUUGCUAAGGAGGCUGCAACAGGAUCUGAUUCUGCCAUGAUUGCCUCAUCUCAAUCUGAAGACUCUUUUGUUACCAGGUCAAACUGGGAAAACACACAAAACUGGGGGAAACAAACUGGAAAUCGGAAAUCAGGCAAGAAAUCAGGCAAUAAUUCUGGCAGCAAUAGUGGAGGUCGGGGUCAAGGUAGUAAUGGCGGCCGUCGGUUUCCUCAGCAACAACAAUAA